UAUUCGGAGUACUCGUCACCUCCGGCUCCUGGGGGAUACGGAGCAUCUCAGCCUGGCUAUGGUCAACAACAAUACUCGCGCCCACCGCCACCACCGCCACAACGACCAGUAGCAGGUAGUUAUCCUGGACAAGCCCCGCCUUACGGACAGAGUCCUCAACCUUACCAUCAACCUCAUCAGAACUCAUCGUACCCUGCACAAGGGAGGCCCACCACCUGGCCAGCAAGGCGGCUAUGGCGCGCCACCACCGGGGCAGUACCCUCCUCCAGGUCAACAGCAGUAUGGCGGCGGCGCUGGCAAUAUGGACUACCAGCGAGAGCUGGAGCGUGCCAUUCAAGAGAAGGGUCUCCACAGGUUCUAUGGACCUGGAUCACCGGGACAACAGAAGAUUCCCAUGAUCGCAGCUCGUGCAGGCCAGCAAGUUGAUCGCCUCUGUCAGGCUUGGCGCAUCCAGAAGGAGAUAGCCAAUGAUAUCGUCAGGCUCGCCUUGUAUGAUAUUGUCAUUUACAUCGACGACAGCGGAUCAAUGUCCUUCGAGGAAAAUGGCGAGCGAAUCAAAGACCUGGGACUGAUCCUUCAGCGAGUCGCUUUCGCCGGUACUUUGUUCGACGACGACGGCAUUGAACUGCGCUUCAUGAAUGAGGACCUUCCCAUCCAAGAGCUCUCUGGCAUUCGCAACGAGCAGCAAAUUGAACAGCUACUUUCGCGCAAGCGUUACAAGGGGCUCACACCGUUCGGAACAGAGCUUCGCAAGAAGGUCGUCGAUCCCAUCCUCAUUUCGCGCCUGAACAGCGGCCAGAUGCAGAAGCCACUGCUCAUAAUCUGCAUCACAGAUGGUCAGCCUGCUGGCGAGAACCAGAACACCCUCACCGAGACAGUGCAGUACGCUGUCCAGGCGGCUCAGCGUUCUCCGUACGGCCCUGGGGCGGUCGCGUUCCAAUUCGCCCAGGUCGGAAAUGACCAGAAGGCAACUGAGUUCCUAGCAAAACUCGACAAUGACCCAUUGGUCGGUCGAGAGGUCGACUGCACUUCCAAUUAUGAGAACGAAUCCGCCGAGAUGGCCCGCGCGAACCCGCCUGUUGAUCUCACUCCUGAUCUUUGGAUGAUCAAGCUCAUUCUUGGCGCCAUUGACCCAAGUUACGACACGAAGGACGAGAAGGCUGGUCAAGCCGGUCCGCCUCCUAGACCCCCGCAGCAGGGAUACGGUGGUCCACCGCCUGGUCAGUAUGGCCAGCAGCCGCCGUACGGUCAAGGCCCGGCAGGCGGCUAUGGACAGCAGGCUCCAAGCGGUUACGGUCAGCAGGCUCCUGGCGGUUAUGGUCAGCAGCAAUACGGAGCGCCUCCGGGCGGUCAGCAGGGCUACAACCGCCCGCCGCCUGGUCCUCCUGGCCAGGGCUCUUACCCUGGAGGCCAAGGUUACGGCGCUCCUCCUCAGCCACCACGUUACUAGACCGAUUCGGCAUGAUGUGUAAUCAGCCGGCUUUGCACGCUUGAAUCUGUUGCCAGACGAGCUUCGCAAGCGAUGACAGGAUGCAGGAAAUAUGUUGAGGGGCACAAUUUCACGUCUUCGGGGUCAUUGGUAUCAGUAGUAAAACCAGCAGGCUUAACGAGCUUUGGCAAAUACAGAAAUGGUUUGCCAAUGCACCUAUGUAUUCGAAUGGGAUUGA